AUGGGCGCCUAUGUCUAUGGGCGCCUAUCUCUAGGGGCGCCUAUCUCUAUGGGGCGCCUAUCUCUAGGGGCGCCUAUCUCUAUGGGCGCCUAUCUUCUAGGGGCGCCUAUCUCUAGGGGCGCCUAUCUCUACGGGCGCCUAUCUCUAGGGGCGCCUAUCUCUAGGGGCGCCUAUCUCUACGGGCGCCUAUCUCUAGGGGCGCCUAUCUCUAUGGGCGCCUACCUCUAG